AUGGAGGAGCUCACUGAAGAGGAGCGCAAGGCCUACCUCAUCGCUGAAGAGCACCUGAAGGAGCAGUUUCUUCAGGGAUUCAAGAAGGAGCGAGGAGGCCUAGUCAAGAGGGUCGGGGAGUUCGUGAUGCCAUCGUUCAAAUUAAACCAAGACAAGGUCGAGAUUCGAAAAAUAUCUGCUGCGCAAGUAGCUUCGGAAGAGACUCUUGCUGGGCUUAAUGAUGAAAUUGCAGCACUCAAAAAAGGCUCCUUCCUCUGGGAUUUCUCCUUCGCUCGGUUGAAGGUUCUUACUGAGGGAUUUCCCAUCGAUUUGGUUACAUCUAUCAAACUAUUCACAUCUCGUUUGUGCCUUGGUGCUACUUUAAUUAUUCAGCUUCUUAGGAAAAGCUUACAAUGCAGCAAAACUAAUGAAGAUGAAUCUACUCAUAUUGCUAGCACUAACACUACACAGUUUGCGCAGUGCAAAAGCCAAUCAAAAGGAAAAGUGGACCAAAUUGUUUCAUGGGCACAAAGCAAAUCCGUAGGUGAAAUCACAGUUUCUAUUGACACGGGUAAAGACUUCAAGAAGCCAAAGAUAGAGCUAUCAGUUGCUGUGAUAGGCUCUAUAUUUAGCUUUGUUGCUUCAGUGGACCUUGAAAAGUGUUUAAACAACAAGCUAAAAUUUACUAUAGCAGUCAUCUUGUCCAUCAUUCUCUCUCUACUGUUUGAGACCUUACUCAUGCUGUUCAAUACCUUCUACCCUGAUAAGGCAGCCUGCAUAUAUAAAUACAUCACCCUGCCUAUUGCAACUAUUACUAAUCAUCUACCUGGCCCUCUAGAGAAGACCAAACCUCAUCUGAUAUCAUUCUACCAAGAUCUAUGCCGUGCAAUUACAUCCGGAACUCUUGUGUGGAUAUUGGCAUUUUGGUUUCUCAUGCCAUCUACUGAAGGUUCAUUCCAACUUAGAUUUAAGAACUCCAUCCUAAUUCAUAUCAUCGCUACUGUGGUACUACACAUUGUCAAAGCAAUAAGCUAUAUUUGGUUCAAGAGUAUUGCUUUAAUUGCCAAUCACUUGAAAGAGAAGACAAAUGUUUGUUCAAAUGGAGAAGAGCCAUCUACUGAAGCCACUCAAACCAUUAAUGCACCUACUACUGUCUGAGGUAUUUGCAUAAUCUUUGCUGCAAGUAAUCAACGUUUCCAAAAAAA